AUGUCACCUCGACUGGAGUUAGCUGGGCAAUUCUUUGGUGGACAAGGUCACUUUCCCCCUCGACAAUCCAGCCUUGAUCAAACAAAAGCAGCAGGCGAGGGCGCCCAGGCUUCAAACGUCAAGGUGGGAGCGCCAUCCACUUCUCCCGAGAAACAACCUGCCUUGAGCUCUACAAGCGUGCACAGGAGAUCACUUGUAGAAGAGCCAGCGCUAACUCGGCGCUCGUCCACGUCGACUUUACCUCCCCCACCAGAACCAGAGCCUGAUCAACCUUUCGACUUUCAUCGGUUCCUGGAACAACUGCGACAUCGUACUGCUGACCCAGUGGCCAAGUUCCUACGUUCGUUUCUCAAUGAGUUUGGGAAACGGCAGUGGAUGGUUCAUGAGCAAGUUAAGAUCAUCAGUGAUUUUCUAGCUUUCAUUACUAAUAAGAUGGCCAUGUGUGAAGUUUGGCGUGACGUCUCGGACGGCGAGUUCGACAAUGCUAAAGAAGGGAUGGAAAAGCUCGUCAUGAACAGACUGUAUUCGCAAACAUUUUCCCCGGCUAUUCCCUCCCCGCCCACCAUUCCAAGAAGUACAAGUCGGAGCAAACGAAGAGAAAUGGAGAGGCUCCAUGGUCCCUGGAGGCGCGGUCAGCACCAGGAAGAUAUUGAGCGGGAUGAGGUGCUGGCCCAGAAGAUCCGUAUUUAUAGUUGGGUAAGAGAGGCGCAUCUUGACAUACCACCAGUCGGCUCCCAUGGUCGUCGCUUCUUAACUCUCGCCCAACAAGAACUGUCGAAGAUUAACAGCUACCGGGCACCCCGCGAUAAGGUCAUUUGUAUCUUGAACUGCUGCAAGGUCAUCUUCGGUCUACUGAAGAAUUCGAAAUCAUCUGAUACUUCAGCCGACUCAUUUAUACCCCUUCUAAUUUAUGUGGUGCUACAUGCCAAUCCCGAGCAUUUGGUCUCUAACAUUCAAUAUAUCCUUCGCUUCCGCAAUCAAGACAAGCUCGGAGGAGAGGCCGGAUACUACUUGUCCUCACUGUCUGGCGCCAUCCAGUUUAUUGAGACUCUGGACAGGACGAGCUUAACAGUGAGUGACGAAGACUUCGAGCGGAAUGUUGAAGCUGCCGUCUCGGCCAUCGCCCAACAAAAUCGCGAAUCGGAGUCGAUAGAGCCGAAGUCGACCCAACGAUCACAGUCUACACCAAGGUCUUCGGUGGAUGUCCCACGGGGCCGGAGAGAGACAACACAAUCCAACGAUGAAGACAACGCUCCAGUAGCCGGGCUCCUGCGUACUAUCCAGAAGCCGCUUUCUACCAUUGGAAGGAUUUUCUCUGACGAGCCAGAUUCGCCAGAGGAACGACGGACACACUCAGCGACAACCUCACCGGAUGCUGCUGUUCGACAGGCUAGUGCAGAGGACGCCGAAGCACGGAGGAUACAACGUGUUGAGCACAACAAUAUGGUGGAGACGUUAUCAAACAUGUUCCCAAAUCUAGACCGCGACGUCAUUGAUGAUGUUGUCAAGAUGAAGGAGGGGAGGGUUGGUCUAGCAGUAGACGCAUGUCUUGCUCUUAGUGCUGAGUAA